GGCGGGACUACAUUUCCCAGGGUGCCGGGGCGCGGGGCGGGCUGGGGGCCGCCCGCACCGGCCCCGGCCCCGGCCGCGGCCGCGGAGGAUGAAUGAGGCGCCGGGGCGCUGCUCGGCCCCAGCCGCGCCGGGGCCAUGGCCGCGGCCGUGCACAACCCGCUGAAGGCCCUCGGGGAGGAGUUCUACCGCGAGGCCAUCGAGCACUGCCGCAGCUACAAUGCGCGGCUCUGCGCCGAGCGCAGCAUGCGCCUGCCCUUCCUCGACUCCCAGACCGGCGUCGCCCAGAACAACUGCUACAUCUGGAUGGAGAAGACGCACCGGGGGCCCGGCCUGGCCCCGGGGCAGAUCUACACCUACCCGGCGCGGUGCUGGCGUAAGAAGCGGCGGCUGAACAUCCUGGAGGACCCGCGGCUGCGGCCCUGUGAGUGCGGGGGGUCCCGGCGGCCCGGCGGCCCCGCGGCCCCCCCUGAGCCCGCUCUGCCCCCAGACUGCGAGGCCCCCCUGAAGAAGGAGGGGGGGCUCCCCGAGGGGCCGGUGCUGGAGGCCCUGCUCUGCGCCGAGCCCGGCGACAAGAAGACGGAGCUCAAGGAGGAGGAGGCGGUGCUGGACUGCCAGAAGCAGCCGAUGGGGGAGUUCCCGCACGACCUGGAGGGGGACGAGCUGGAGGACGACACCCCGCGGCGGAAAAACAAGGCCAAGGGCAAGGCCUACGGCAUCGGGGGCAUGCGGAAGAGGCAGGAUGCCGCCACGCUGGAGGACCGGGACAAGCCUUACGUCUGCGACAUCUGCGGGAAGCGGUACAAGAACCGCCCGGGGCUGAGCUACCACUACACGCACACGCACCUGGCCGAGGAGGAGGGCGAGGAGAACGCCGAGCGCCACGCGCUGCCCUUCCACCGCAAGAACAACCACAAGCAGUUUUACAAAGAGUUGAACUGGGUCCCCGAAAACCAGCGCAGACACACAGCUAAGAAAGCCCCGGACGGCACGGUCAUACCAAACGGUUAUUGUGAUUUCUGUCUAGGCGGCUCGAAGAAAACCGGCUGCCCCGAGGACCUCAUCUCCUGCGCCGACUGCGGACGCUCCGGGCACCCCUCGUGCCUGCAGUUCACGGUGAACAUGACGGCGGCCGUGCGCACGUACCGGUGGCAGUGCAUCGAGUGCAAGUCCUGCAGCCUCUGCGGCACCUCCGAGAACGACGACCAGCUGCUUUUCUGCGACGACUGCGACCGAGGCUACCACAUGUACUGCCUGAGCCCCCCCAUGGCGGAGCCCCCCGAAGGCAGCUGGAGUUGCCACCUCUGUCUGCGGCAGCUGAAGGAGAAGGCGUCAGCCUACAUCACCCUCACCUAGGGGGGCCGGGGGGGCCGGCGGCCGAACCCCCCCGCCGGGCCGGGCCCUGGCGCCGCGGCCGCUCAGCCCAAAUCCUGCGAAAGCCAUAACGGAGCCGGGGGGGGGGGGA